UGUGUGUGUGUGUGUGUGUUUAUAGAGAGAGAGAGAGAGAGAGAUGGAGUAUCACACAAAUGAAGAACUUGGUUUCUUGGAAGAGUUGCUAGGUCUAAGAGAGAUGGAGUAUAACAAUAUUAACUACGGAGAUCAACAUUUCAACAACAACAAUGGCGGCUGGAGCCUCGACUACAAUUUCGCCGACGACAACAAUUUUCCGGCGCCGGCGUCCACAUUAACAAACACCACCGCCAACACUUGCUUCCAGGAUUACUCUCUGCCGCCGCCCCCUCUAAUCGAUGAUCACAAUCACCACCAUCAGAUCCUGAUGAAUAAUUGCUACACCCCGUUUGGGGAAGACCACAAAUCGCCGCCACCCGAUCAAUUCGCCGUAGUCGAUUCUUCUUCGCUCGACACCCAAACAGUAAUGCCGUACUGCCACGUGGAAGAUUACUACUCCAUGUCGUCCAUUCUUGGCGGCGAUGACGAAGACGGUGCCCUAUUCGGACUAAUUGACGAAGAAGCCGGGGCUCCGUUUUGCAAAGCCGAACCCGUACCCGAAAUGCCGGCUUUCAACAUGGGGUUUUGCGCACAGACGCAACAGAGUGAAACCACCAGAAAGAAUAAAGUGAAGAAACUGGGCGGGCAGCCGUCGAAAAACCUAAUGGCGGAGAGACGGCGGAGGAAGCGCCUCAACGACCGCCUCUCCAUGCUCCGAUCAGUUGUCCCCAAGAUAAGCAAGAUGGACAGAACAUCUAUACUAGGGGACACCAUAGAUUACAUGAAGGAGCUGCUAGAGAGGAUCAACAACUUGCAGCAAGAAAUGCAUUUGGGAUCAAAUCAAUUAAGCUUAAUGACUAUAUUUAAGGAUGUUAAACCUAAUGAAGUUCUUGUUAGAAAUUCACCCAAGUUUGAAGUGGAAAAGAGAAAGAAUGGAGAGAGAAGAAUAGAGAUGUGCUGUGGAGGGAAAGCAGGGUUAUUGGUAUCAACAGUUAACACAAUAGAAGCAUUAGGCCUUGAGAUUAAACAGUGUGUUAUCAGCUGCUUUCAUGAUUUUUCACUCCAAGCUUCUUGCUCUGAGGAAUUGAAGAAGAGGGGAAUUGUAGAUUCAGAAGACAUAAAACAGGCACUGCUGAGAAAUGCUGGAUAUGCUGGGAGGUGUCUCUAACAAUAUUUAUUAAUUAGUUGCAUCCAUUUUUAUUUAAUUAAUAUUUUUUUUAUUUCUUUUUUUUGUGUGGUUGAUUGGAUAGAUCCUGAAUCUGUGUAUUAUUGUUUAUCAAGGAGAUAUUUCAAGUACGAAUUUUGAUGAUUUCAACAUCAUCAUCAUUAUUA